GCGUCUUCCCCUUCCCUUUGUGGCGUAAAAGAAAGAAAAGAAAAUCUCCCGUCUCUUUGUCUCCUCCGCUCCUUGCGCCGCCGAGACGAGUCGCGGCUGAACAGGGGAGGGGCGGCGAUCUCCAUCGGGGCGAGCAGAGCAGGGGAGAGGAUUCAUGGUUUAUCACUCUAGCUUUGUUGAUGACACCGGGAUUACCAAAGCAUGCGGCUGUCCUUUGCUUCCACUAAAAACUCAUAUAAGGGGCCCAGCGCCAGCAUUCGAUCAAGACAAGGCUGACAUUGUUGAUGAAGCAAUUACAUUCUUCCGAGCAAAUGUCUUCUUCAAAAACUUCAAUGUGAAAAGCCCAGCAGACAAGUUACUGAUCUAUCUGACAUUUUACAUCAAUAUUGCCCUGAAAAGGCUGGAAGGUUGCCGAACACUGGCUGUUGGGACAAAGGCAAUCAUUAAUCUGGGUUUGGAGAAAGUUCCUGUGCCUGGGGAACCAGGGUUUCCCUUCCCUGGUCUUUUCACUCUACCCCAAUCUCAGGAGGAAGCAGGGACUAAAUAAAACAGUAACUUUCCAUCUCUCAUGGAAUGUGAUCUCAAUUAAGCAUUUCUCUGUUGGAUUCAGAACUAUUGAGGAAUUAUCUGAAGCAGAUAAGGGAGGAAACAAGUGGAAGGUUGCUUAACUGCGCAUACAGAGCUAAUGGUACUCCAAACAAAUGGUGGUUGGCUUUUGCAAAGAGGAAAUUCAUGAACAUUGUCAUUCUUUGAAGUAUAGGUAUUUUCCGCGACAUGUUUGAGCAAUUGAGCAGCUUGUAGGAAUGGUAAUUGCACUUGCGUACUUAUUUCUGCGAAUACUUUAGAGAAUUAAAGGAACGACAAUGAUUCUACACCUCGAUUGAUGGAGCCAAAGGUUCUAAUGAAACAAUGGAUAGAAUGUCAACAAUUUGUUUAUUGCAAUGGAUGAACACAAGGACACCUUUCAGCUGUUAUGUUGAAUUUCUAUUUUUCAUUUUUAUUGUACUCCGUCCGUGCCCUUAAAUUGGGCAUGUAUUUUUCAGAUGAUGUUUGAAUAGCGAAUGUUCCGUGUAGGACAUUUGUACAGAUUUAAUCAGGUGUAAUGAGAAUGUGAAUAUAUAUUUUCCUGAUCCCUCUUUUUUGUAUCA